CGGAAUCAUCAAAAGAUGUCUUCGUGUCUAAGAGGCGGCGGAAGAACCUAUGCCUUCGAGCUUGACAUAGUCAAAUCGCCGUCCACAUCAACCUUCACCUCCACCUCUUCUCCGUCCUCAACUCUCUCGGAAUCCAGCAACUCCGGCCUCGCAAUAUCGACGAGAAAACCUCGUACCCCUCGAAAACGGCCAAACCAAACAUACAACGAAGCCGCCGCAUUGCUCUCCACAGCGUACCCCAACAUCUUCUCUUCCAAGAACUUCACAAAUCCCAGAAAAUUCACUAAACCCCACGACUCUUUCUUCGACCAAUCCACAGAAUUGCUCCUGCCCUUCAGAGUCAUCGAAGCCGAAAAUGCCGGGUUCUUGCUCCACCUCCCAAUCCGGGAAAAACCCAGUUCCCAAUUCGAGCCCAAGUCCCUGAAUUCGUUCGAGAAACCGUGCCGGAGUCCCGGGGAAUUCGAUUCCCAGCCGAAUUGCAAUUCCGAUUCCAUGGAGUUGUGCGACGUGUACAAUUUUCAAGAGGAAGACUUCGAUGCGGAGUCGAUUCUCGACGAGGAAAUUGAAGAGGGGAUUGAUAGCAUCAUGGGAAGUAUGAGUGUGAACAUGGACUUGGAGGAUGAGUCUACAAAUGGAGGUGCGCAAAUGAAUAAUUCAAAUCCGAACUGGAAUUCCUGUUAUGGGUACCCAAUGGGGCUCGGAUUUGGCGGGAAAUUCGAAUUCGGGUUCGGGUCGAGAAGAGGAGUGAAGCCGUUGAGGCACGUCGAUAAUGGGAACUGGUGGAGUUUUCCCACCGUCGAUGUUCUCGAAAUCUCGCCCAGAUUCAACAAAUCUCAGUCGUGUUCCGCCCCGGCUCCAGCCGCGGCCACAGCCGGGAAGAAGAAGAAGAAGAAGGUGGAGAAGCUGUCGGUGUUGGAAACGAGAACCGCGGCGGAAUUGCCGAAGGAGGCGAAUCCGAUUCCGAAGUCCCCGGCGGAGGAGGAGCCCGGGCUGAUGCUAAAACUGGACUACGACGACGUUUUGAAUGCUUGGUCGGACAAAGCGUCGCCGUUUUCGGAGGAAAUGCCGGGAUCUGAUGCAGCGGCGGGGAAUGAUGUAUCUGCCAGGUUGGCGCAUAUUGAUUUAUUCUCGGAUGUCGGAGGACUGAGGGAGGCUAGCGUGUUGCGCUACAAGGAGAAACGUCGUACCCGUCUCUACUCUAAAAAGAUCAGAUACCAAGUCAGAAAAGCCAAUGCCGAUCGACGACCUAGAAUGAAGGGAAGAUUUGUUAGAAGGCCACAUUCUAGCACAAACGUUCAAAGACAAAAGGAAAUAUGAUGAUUUUCCCCUUGGAUCAUGGCCAUAGGACACUUUCUGGCCCCCUCUUUCUCUUUCUACCCUUUUCCCUUUGUUUUGUUAAUUAAUUAAGUAAUUAGUUCUCCUGUUUUGUUAAUUAUUUUGACUUUUAUGUUUCUCACACUAGCAAAGAAGCCAAAGAGAUGAAGACUAGACUAGUUACUUUUUAAUGGGUAAAGAGAUUUUGUUGUAGGAGGCCCAAGUAGCACAUAAAUCAAGUUAUUUUAGUUGAAAUU